CCACCGCAGCCCUGGCUGCGAGAGAUCUUGGACCCAGCAGGCAGGCUGGAGGAGGCGGCAGUGGCGGCGGCUGGAACGAUCCGGAGCCAGGCCCUGGGGAAGCGAUGGAUAGGAAGAGGUGGGAGUGCUCUGCUCUCCCCCAGGGAUGGAAAAGGGAAGAAGUGACCAGGAAAUCGGGGCUCUCCGCUGGCAAGAGCGAUGUCUAUUAUUAUAGCCCGAGCGGGAAGAAAUUCCGGAGCAAGCCCCAGCUGGCUCGCUACCUGGGCAGCUCCAUGGACCUCAGCAGUUUCGACUUCCGGACGGGGAAGAUGCUGAUGAGCAAAAUGAACAAGAACCGACAGAGGAUGCGCUAUGACUGCUCCAGCCAGGCCAAGGGUAAACCUGAUUUGAACACCGCUCUCCCCGUCCGACAGACAGCUUCGAUCUUCAAGCAGCCGGUCACCAAGAUCACCAACCACCCCAGCAAUAAAGUGAAGACAGAUCCCCAAAAAGCAGUCGACCAACCUCGGCAGCUCUUCUGGGAGAAGAAAUUGAGCGGUCUUAACGCCUUUGACAUUGCAGAGGAGCUGGUGAAGACUAUGGAUCUUCCAAAAGGUUUGCAAGGCGUGGGGCCUGGCUGCACCGACGAGACCCUCCUCUCUGCCAUCGCCAGCGCCCUCCACACCAGCACGAUGCCCAUCACGGGGCAGCUCUCUGCCGCCGUCGAGAAGAACCCCGGCGUCUGGCUGAACACCUCACAACCCCUCUGCAAAGCCUUCAUGGUGACUGACGAAGACAUCAGGAAGCAGGAGGAGCUGGUCCAGCAGGUGCGGAAGAGGCUGGAAGAGGCCCUGAUGGCAGACAUGCUUGCCCACGUGGAGGAGAUCACCCGAGACGGAGAAGCCCCCACCGAGAAGCUGCGGGGAGAGGAAGACGGGGAGGACGACGAAGAAGACGACAUGGAUCGUGGGCCAGAGAUCGAGAACGUAUAGUUGUAGCGGCUGCAGGUAAGUUUCAGCUGAGGAUUCUCACCUCAGAGGCAAACGUGUCUUCAAGCCCACAUUAAUACCCCGGCGGCGUUACUGUCCGUGUGGACGUCAUUGGCAUCUGUUCACAGAACACCUCGUGAAGCCGGUGACUUGGUAGAUGCUGGAUAAUUCUGAAGGAGGACUUGUAUUACAUCUAUAUUCCACUCCCGUCCCCUUUUCGUUCUUUUUCUUUCCUUGAAAGUAUCACAGGCAGCUGAGAAGGAAGAGAGGAUCUCUGCAGAACGAGGUUAAAACCACGCACGGGUUCCUAGAUCUCCGAUCUGAGCAGGGCUCCCUGCUCUUUUAUUAACACCGCCCGGUUUUUUCUCUCUCUUUCUGUGAUCCUCCAUAUCCGCUGCAGCCCAUCCGUUCCACGUGUGAGACCUUGCCAUGAAGUUUGUGUGUUCUCUUGUGACUCUUGGGGGUUUUUAAAGGUUGUUUUGGGUUUUCAAAUCCCGAAGGUAUAAGCAAAGGUGCCUUUCUGUUUGGGAUUGGGUGGGCUUUGGGAACACUGGCUUUCCCUGGUUGGUCCCUUUAUGUAUUCUGGAUAAACCAUACUGUGGGAUUUUACGUACAAGCCGUUUUUUAUUUUUUUUUUAUGGAAGCACUGGCACGCAGCCUUUUUGCAUGCCUCGGAAACAACGAGCGACGGUGGCAGUGAGAAACUGUAAUGAGAAUAGCAGAGGGGGAGGCGAAGGGAUCCCCGUUGUUCCUUAUUCUGAGCGCUCCCCAUUUCUGUUGUACUGGAUUCAAUCGGGGGUGGGGGAGGGGAGCAGCUUUUUGUGUUUCCCAUAAUAAUUUUUGUUUUAAAUGUAGGAGAUUAUAAACAUCUAACGCACAGAUGAGGCAUGGAGUUAACCAAUCCGACAGGGAAAUCACACAGAUCUUAAUGUGCUUUGGCGUUAGCUGGGGUUUGUGUGCUGGGAGGGUUGCGUCGAGAGCUGGUGGUGCUGCUGCGUAUUUGGCCCCAUGGAUAUUCCCACCCACCCCCCUUACUUAACCAUCUGCCCAAGAUGGGAGAAGGGAGUUAGGGGGCUAGGCCUUCACACUUUUGUGUGGGGAGGAGGGGGAGGAAUGCAACUCUCCUGAAAGAGGGGGGAAAUCACACGCACAAUCCUCGACUGAUUUUUGCUACUGUAAGCCAGUGCCUUUCACGUUGGGGAUGAAGCCAUAUGUCCAAAUCCCUGAAAGGCAAUUUAUCAAAAUGGUUCUUUGGGAUGCAUUUUGAACUUUCUGGGGAACGAUACCCAAGCAGAGAGGAGUUCUAACCGCAUCAGUUCCGGGCUGGACUUUAUUUAGGAGAACUGUCUCUCAAUGCAACUGCUAGUUAGAAUAUCCCUCCUCCACCCCCCACGCUAAGUUCCAAGUUUUGUUGGCUGCAGCCCAUCAAUUAAAUCAGACUCGACUACCUUUCCCUGAUCAGUUUUAUUUCCCUGCGGUCGAUUGCCGGUAUGGAAUUUUUUUUUUCCCUAGAAAACUCUGGCAGAUUCUGCCAUCCAAAUCCAAAAAGUGUAGCCUUUCUGCAUUGUAGAAAAGAGACCAUCGCUACAGAAAAGCGCACCACUUGUUACAUGUGCACACUUUGAGAUCUGGGGUGGGGGGGGGGGGGUUGGCCUGUUGGAUUGGUUUCCUUCACGGUCUCGAUGGGCUGCAGCGGGCGGACAUUUUGGUGUUCCGAAAGCAAAAGCAGCCGUCCACGUUGCCCCCUUUGGAUAGUUUUGAGCAUCCUUUAUAUGUAUUCCAAAUACGCACUCCAUUCUCUUAUUGCUAACGAUAACUAUGUAUUGUGUUAGCAACUUAAUGUACAGUUCUUGUUGCGGAAUACUAGUUUUGUAAUAAAAUGGUUUUGGUUUUGGUUUUUUCCCACACGUUUUAA